CCUUCACUUAAAACUUUUUCAACUAAUAUCGACCCGCAGCAUCGCAACUUAACCACACUUUACUGAAGCCGUCAAGGAGUUGACGUAUUCAAAUCCCCAAGCUCCCCAAGACACACCAAAGUCGUAAUGGAGUCCUCUCGUGCAUCGGACAGGCUUAAGGAAUCCUGUGGUUGUCCUGCAGAGGUGACGCCUCUUCGCGUCCCGCGGUCCCGCAGCAGAGAGCAGACGCCGCCCUCGAGCGACAAUUCUGACCCCGAAGACGAAAUCAGCGACACUAAUAGUAACACUAACAGUACAGAUAAUGUCUGGGUCGAUGUUGACGAGUUUUUUUCCGCGGCGCCGGUCACUUCACCGACCCGAGGCGUCGAUGAGCUUGUUAACAUUGGAAUGACCCGCCUUCCGGCUCCUCAACCCUCUGUCGAACACGAUGAGAACAGAACGAACACUCCCAACAGCGAGGGGCGCACUAGGAUUCCAAUCAGCCUGCGAUCAAAAGGUCCUAAGAGUAACGCCGAUCUGGGUGGCUAUUAUUUCAGACAGGUCAUGCACCUCCUUGAGAAGAAGCACCAGGACAUCAUGUUCUAUGAAGAAGUUGAGAACCACAGCAUCAUGCAUCUGGAUUGGGCAAGCCAAGUUGGCGACAUCCAAGAGACCGAAGAUUCCCGCAACGACAAGUCGGAGGAGGGAACUGGCCUUGCGUCUAAACUGGAGUGGGGCAAAACCAUGUUCUUCGGUGACUGGUUGUAUACCGACAACGGCCAGCGAGAGUAUUACAUGGAGAUUCAGAUCAAACACGUCUCUGGUGAUGAUGACGAAGUCAUCAGGAACUUGGGAAUGAACCCUAACGAAGUUUGGAUUGGUAUGGGAUGGGUGAAGGACAUUCCGGGCCAGGGUGGUGACAAGCGCUCGCUUUCUUCAAACAGCAGCAAAGUGUCUGCUAUCCAGCCUAAGAAGCUUCUCCUCUCCUCACUUGCCGGCACCCAUUCUGGAUUUCCUCGUAGUCCCUCGGAGGAGCGUGACAACGAGGAGCUUGAAGACAUUGCGACACUGGCCUUGACUAAUAUGAGCAGGCCUAGACCUUUGCCGACUACUCCUACCAACACCUCGUCGUCUGCAAGCAACAAUCAUGGAGAUGCCACCCCAAAGACUGUCCACGUCGGAUCCGAAGAUAUCGACCUCCGCGAUCCCACUGCCGCUGUCAACUCUCCCUCUAGUUCCCGUUGGACUCCACUCAACUUGUCUGGUAGAAUGGCAGCCACCUCCAAGUCCGAACAUGACGUUGCGGCCGGCCCGUCGACAGAUCAAGCUCCUCCAUCACCGCGUCCAGGUUUUGCGCUCCGCUUCGGUUCAAGAUCCCCCCAGCCCGACUCUGAUCGCCCAGUCGGCACAGGUAUUCCCCGCAGCAAGCCCCUUGUUCCUCAUAGCACCAGCUUUGACAGCAUCGAUGAUGAGGGCGACACCAUUAUGAGCGAUGACAUUGUAGGCGAAGCCGGAGAUAACGGCGGAGGCGAAACCUAUGAAGGCGACACUACCUUAAGCGAGAUCGUCAUUCCCGGGACUCCCUCGCGUUCACCAUCCCCUCCCUCUUCUCCCAUCAAGUACUCGCCCGACAGCGAUCAAGGCCAAACAGCCGAGUUCUCAGUCUCCAAGGAGAACCAGAACCCUCGGGACACUCGUCACUCGCUUAGGGAUUCCAUUACUCCCGGUCACGACACCCUCAACCGCCACUGCACUCCAGAUUUGGACGGUUCCUUUGCCGCCCGCAAGAAGCGCUCAUCUAUCUACACCGUCCGCGUCGUCGCCUUCUCCACGGAGCAUUCCCAAAACGAGAACGGCUUCAGCGGACCCCCUUCUUCGCAGCGACACGCCACCCUGCUCGGUCACGGCGGAUGGGUUUGCCCGCCCUUUGAGGAGCGCGUGGCCAAGUGGAUGGCUGAUAAUGGCCAUUUGCCCCUUAGCUGCUCCGCCAUUCCGGAGCACGAGAAAAAGCAGCACAACAACCCGCCGCAGACACUCUGCCGUGCGCUGCCGGUCAUGUUUGACUGGUCCGUCGACGACCCGCCGAGGUACUACGGCGAGCCGGCGCCCGUGUGGUGGGAGCUCGGCGACCCGUGCCUUGAGGACGUGUACUGGAUGGUCUGGCAGAUGUUGAGCGGCAAGCAGUUCAUCGGUUUCAAACGCGGCACCGGAUUCGGCUUCCCUAGAACGCAUACCAGUGGGGAUGACGCGCUCUUGGAGAGAUGCCCGUUCAAGAGUCCGAGCGGAGAGGCUGGAGUGGGAAGUCUGGUCAAGGGUGAGGAGAUCAGGCUGAAAAAGAUGAGUGAGGAUGCGGAGAAAGCGUUAUGGGAGGCCAUGGUGAACCUUAAGGGGGGCGAGGAGUAGAUGACGAGAGCUGGAGAGGUAAGAAGGGGGGAGUGAGGCUUUUGUUUGGCAAAGAGAGGAUGUUGUAAACCCUUUCUUUUCGGUCCAUGCCUUACAAGCCUGGUUUUGCCUACCUAGGGCCCUUUACUGGCUCUGUUAUGCAUUACAAGUGCACGCAGAGCAUUGGGGUCUAGUCUGGCUGCGAUUCUUUCCACCC